CCGGAUCUCACAUGUGAUUGGCUAACAGCUGAGGAGCCGGGCUGUGAUUGGUUGGGGUGGGGCUGUGGGCGGAGCUUUCACUCAGGCGUUCGGUGUUUACCAGCGUCUGAAUGACAAACAGAGACGCGACGCGAACAGACGCGAUUUGAUUCCUGGACUUCCUCAAACUGUGUGGUUUUCCACUCGUGUUGUUCUUUGUUGACACUUUCAUGAGUAAAACACAGUCUGAGUCAUGAUAAUGGAGUGUAUUCUCACAUACAUGAUUACUGAGUGAUAAAAUCAAAUCAUAUAUGACACGUCACACAUACAUGUGCAGGAUCUGCGGUGGAUGACACGUGUUUCCUGCAUCCAAACAUGCCCAUCACACGUCUUGUCAACUUCCCUACAGACUCACCCCCACCCUCCAUCGCCCGGGUAAUGCCCGGCCCCACGCCCGGCCCCGCGCCCACGCCCCGCGCCCUGUGGCCCCCGCUGGACUUCACUUUGGGCGCGCUGGCGUGCUGCGGCGCAUGCCUGUUCACCAACCCGCUGGAGGUGGUAAAGACCCGACUGCAGUUGCAGGGCGAGCUGCAGGCACGUGGCUCAUACCAACGGCACUACCGCGGAGUGUUGCAGGCGCUGUGGGUGGUUGGCCGGACGGACGGGGUUCGAGGGCUGCAGAAAGGCCUGACGGUGGCGCUGUUGUACCAGGUCCUGAUGAACGGGGUUCGACUCGGGUUCUACUCCUACACAGAGGCAUCAGGACUCACGGCCAUCCCGGGAGGAAGUCUGAUUGCAGGGGCCACAGCGGGAGCGCUUGGGGCGUUCAUCGCAUCACCGGCUUAUCUGGUGAAGACUCAUCUGCAGGCGCAGGCAGUGGCGACCAUCGCUGUCGGACAUCAACACAACCAUCAGGGCGUGUCGAGUGCGUUUGUGUCCAUCUAUCAGAGAGAGGGUGUGUUGGGUCUCUGGCGGGGGGUAAACGGGGCCGUGCCCAGGGUCAUGGUGGGGUCAGCCGCUCAACUCGCCACAUUCAGCUCGGCUAAAGACUGGGUCACACACGCACAGUGGUUCAGUCCACACAGCUGGCUCACCGCUCUCACAGCCGCUGUGAUCAGUGGAGUUGCCGUGACAAUCACCAUGACACCAUUUGAUGUUAUCAGCACACGACUUUACAACCAACCAGUGGACGAGUUCAAAAGGGGUCGUCUGUAUUGUGGUUUUGUGGACUGUUUGAUGAAGGUUUGCGGGACAGAGGGGAUUGUGGGUCUGUAUAAAGGCAUGACUCCAGUGUUUGUGCGUUUGGCUCCUCACACGGUUCUCAGUAUGCUGCUGUGGGACGUCCUGAGACAGAAAGCACUGCUGUACACACACUGAUACACAACUCAACAAACACCUGCACACCGCACUCACUAACACCUUUUAUAAUAGUGAUGCCGAAUGACCUUAAACUGAAAAUGAAGGCCUUGAGUUCACAUAAACUGCAAAAAAAAGUUGUUAUUAUUAUUUUGAGUUUUUAUUGUCAUGACGCACUUGCAGAUGUUUAAACUUGAAAUGCAGCUGAACAGGAUUAUGAUUAAUACAGUCACAUGAUCAUGUUUAUAUAUUACCUCAGCAGUUUUUUAUGUGUUAAAUCUACAAAUUAUCUCUGUAAAAAACUGACUCUUUUUAUUAUUAACAUACAGUUAUUAAAGAAUUACUGAUUGACUGGACUG